UCGCUCACCCUCUUCCAGACCAUAGCGCCGUUUCGGCGUCUCUGUUCUUCACACUCGCGCAGGUCGAGUACCACCGUCGGAAGGUCGUCCGGCCUGUGUUCCUCUCUCUCUCUUUCUCGCUCGCUCUCGCCAACAGCUCUCGUUCUCCUCGCUUUGCUCACCUUCUCCCCCGUGUUCUCUCUUUCACUCCCUCUCCCUCUCGCUCCCUCUCUCGCUCUCGCUUUUCGCGACGCGUCGAAUGGUGGGGCGCGGGUGAACGCGGGUCGGACGACAGUCCUUCCGCGGAUUGCGGAGGUCGUGUCGUCCAAGUCUCGUGCUCUCGAUGCUUGUCUCGUUAUCCUCUCGACGCCAGCUCGGCGUGCAGUUCUCGCGAGACGCGGUCGACGUGAGCCCCCGCGUGGCAUGGCCGUAGAGUGGACGCACGGAGAAGCGCACACAGAAAGAGAGAGAGAGGGGGGGAAAGAGAGACAGAAACAGAGAUAAAGGGAGAGGGAGAGAAAGGCACAGGAGCAGCGUAGGAAAGCGUCGUCGCCGCUCGCUCGUCGCUUCUCGUCCUUCGAAGAACACCACUGUCGUGUUGCACCGCGACGAACCCUUGUCUCGCGACUCUCUCGCGACGUGUCGCGUGGGCGCCCAUCGCGACGCCGACACCGCGCCUAACUUCCCGUAUCUCCGCGAGGUUACCGGUCACGUCGUAUCGGACGACACCAACUGUCAUCGUUCACGGUGCACCGCGUGUGCUGCGACGCGUGCACGAGAGAGCGCGCGAUUUCCUUACACUAUGGUGGUGGUGCAGGAGCCCCAUAAUCCACGCCGAGCGCGAUCAAUGUCAGAGCAUGACGAUCGACUAACGUAUUCUCGUAACACCAGAUAGGUUCAACUGCGCUGCGACUGAUCGCUGCGACUGAUCGAUGCGACUGAUCGGCGUGACGUCACGUGCACUCGGAUUUCGGAACGUGCAAUUGGUGCGUCGCGACCGAGCUGUGUUCCAGAGAACUCCCUAGGAUCCCAUCGGGAUCCUAUUCCGUAAAUUGGUAAUCCGACACCACGACUGACGAUCGAGGGAUCACUCGUCCGGCACACGGCUCGGAAAGCCACUCGCGGGCAGGCGUCGACAUUCCGAUGGACAUUUCGGACGGUACGUACAUAAAACUGUACAUAUCAAUCGGCGAUCGAUGCUUCGCGCGCGACAAGCUUCGUUCGAACGUUCACGCGUCGCGUAACGACUCUCGUCGCGAUUACAUCGAAUGACAGUCGUUUACCUUUGUGGCGAUCUCGACGCGGAACGCGAACACCGGCUCGAAGAAACGAAUCCGCGAGAUUCCUCGUAUCCGUGGGAUCCUCUAUCGACUCGGAUUUAUCGUUCAUGGCGCGAAGUGCAAAGUGAACAGUGUGCGCGAGGGGGAAGGUGCAAGCGGCUCAACGAAUCGCCGCGUAGCGGCGCUAGUCACGUGACGCGCUCAAAUUCGACUGCCCGCUCCCUUGACUUUGAACGACCCGCCAUUCCGCGAGAGUCUGUCGAGCCGAGGUGAGCGGACAGGUUGGUCAAAACUAAAGCGCGUCUCUCGGAGUGGGGCCGGAGUGAGUAGUUUCGGUGCUCGUUCACGGCGAGUAAGUACCGCGUCGCGGAGUGCCGCGUUGAUAGUUUCGUGUGACCGGACGAGGAGAAUGUGACUGGCCCGGGAUCGUCGAACGCGAUCGUCGAAGGCGCCCUUGACGGCUUCGUCGCGGCCACAUGCGGAGCUGUGAUGACUGCGGUUCGUCCCUGCUGCGCGGUUGCCCAUGAAGUCCACGUACGACGCUGCCAGGAGCAAAGAUCGAUCGUCGAUCGCCGUGGUCCUCGCCGUCGUUGCUGACUCGACGCAAGCUCGCUGUCGCACGAUCCGCUGGAGCUCUAGAUGAAUCACGAUCUACCGUCGUGCUCGAAUCGAAUCACAGACCGACCGAAACAUGUACAAGAUACUGCGCCGCGGCUCCGGCCGCGUGUUCGUCCUCUGCAUCGUGCUCCUGUCGCUCUUGCUGUGUCUGUACUACGUCAGUCAGGUACAGGCGCCGUCCACCGGCCAUCCCGCGGCCAUCCUGAACGAGGAGCUCAGGUACGACCGCAGUCUGACCUCCGUCACUCCGGAUUACAGCGAGUCGCCGGACGCUCAGGUGUCCCUCGCCACCUGUCCCAUAAUCGUGCCGCGCAACGCGGACAUCGACGCCCAGCAGGAGUUCAGCAAGUUCGACUUCCAACCGUCGUGGAUGCGAAGCCGGGAAUAUUGGGACGACAGUUUUGAGGCGCGUUUCGGCGAGCUGCGGAAAGACCCGACGAGGCCGCCCUUGAAGGUUAUCCUUGUGCCUCACAGCCACACUGACCCGGGAUGGCUGAAGACAUUCGAGCAGUACUUCCACAGUUCCACGAGGAGCAUUCUAAACAACAUGGUCUCGAAACUGCAGCAAUGGCCGAACAUGACCUUCAUCUGGAGCGAGGUGUCCUUCUUGUCGCUGUGGUGGGACAGCGCUCAUCCGACGAAGAAGAUGGUGGUAAAGAGACUGGUCAAGGACGGUCGACUGGAGAUGACCACAGGCGGCUGGGUGAUGACCGACGAGGCUACUUCCCACAUCUACGCGAUGUUGGACCAACUCAUUGAGGGUCACCAGUGGCUGAAAACGAAUCUCGACGUGGUCCCCGAGUCGGGCUGGUCAGUCGAUCCGUUCGGCCACGGCAGCACCAUACCCUAUUUCCUCAAGGCGUCCGGCGCGUCCGGCACGGUGAUCCAGAGGAUACACUACGCGUGGAAGCAGUGGUUCGCCAAGAAGCAAUACGGCGACUUCGUGUGGCGGCAGCCAUGGGACCGCACCGGCGCCGCCGACAUGCUCACCCACAAUCAGCCCUUCGACAUCUACAACAUCAAGCACUCGUGCGGGCCGCAUCCGCACGUGUGCCUGAACUUCGACUUCCGAAAGAUACGCGGCGAGUACACCGAGUACUCCGUAAGGGCGGUUGAGAUCACGCCCAACAAUGUGAAGCAGAUGGCCGAGUUGUUGUUGGAGCAGUACGCGAGAACCGGCUCCUUGUUCACUCACAAUGUUGUGCUGAUGCCCCUCGGCGACGACUUCAGGUACGACCACGCGAUCGAGUGGGAUCAACAGUAUACCAACUACAAGAUUCUGAUGGACUAUAUAAACAGUCGCAAGGAGGAGUACAACGCCGAGGUGGUGUUUGGCACGCCCAAGGACUACUUCAACGAGAUACAAAAGCGCGUGGAGCAAUUCCCGUCGCUGACGGGCGACUUCUUUGUCUACUCCGAUAUAUUCAGCGAGGGUAGACCGGCGUAUUGGAGCGGCUACUUCACCACCAGACCCUAUAUGAAAAUCUUGGACCGUGAGCUCGAGGCGAAUCUCAGAUCCGCCGAGAUCCUUUACACGAUCGCGCUGAAUCUCGCCAAGCAGUCGGGCAAGGAUAUCAAGCUCUACGAGACGUAUUUCGAGAAACUAGUGAAGGCGAGGCGUAAUCUGGGCCUCUUCCAGCACCACGACGCGAUCACGGGCACCUCCAAGUCCUUCGUCAUGAAGGACUACGCUCUGAAACUCUUCGAGUCAAUCUCAGACACGACGAGCCUACAGAGUUUCGCUAUACAGUCGCUGGCGGCGGUGACGACCAAGUCGAAUUCCGUCUACGUGUUGGCCGAGUCGGACAGAGACAGCUACGAGAAGCUACCGAAGAAGAUACCGAUCGGAGUGAACGGCCACGAAACGCGGAAGAUCGUUUUAUUCAAUCCGCUGGCGCAACCCAGGCAAGAAGUGGUCAGUCUUAAGAUCACUUCCUACAAGAUCCGAGUCCUGGAUCCCCAGAGGAACCCUAUCCCUUAUCAGAUCGCACCGGUGAUGAACGCCACGAGCAUCACCCACGACGUCUACGUGCUCUUGUUCGUAGCCGAACUAAAGCCCCUGUCGAUCGCCACGUAUCACCUGCAGCAGAUCGACAAGGUGCCGAUAGAAGCCGUCUCGACGGUGUACUGCACCCGUUGCGGCAAGGACAACGUGUUCCCCAUCAAGUCGAUGCAGGUGGGCGACGUGCAGCUGGAGAACCAGCGGAUGAAGCUGCUGUUUGACGGACAGACCGGCUUCCUGAAGCGCGUCACCAAGAAGUCCACCGGAAAGAUUAUGCAGUGCGCGGUGCAGUUCGCGGCGUAUCCGUCCGCGCAGUUCCACAGCGGCGCUUAUCUCUUCAUGCCUGAUCCGAAUCUGCGGGACACCGACAAGGACGUGUUGGAGGCAUACACGCCGCAUCAGAAGAUCUACAUCGUCAGUGGCAGCCUCAGCUCUCGCCUCACCGUCGAAUACGGCAAGCUGCUGACGCACCACGUGGCCAUUUACCACCACGACGGCGGUCUCGGCGAGGCCAUCUACCUCCGCAACAUCGUGGACUUCGAGACGCCGCCGAAGAACCGCGAGACCGAGAUGUUCAUGCGCCUGCAGACGGACAUUUCUAACAACGACCCGCCAGAGUUUUACACCGACCUCAACGGUCACCAGAUGAUCAAGCGCACCAAGAUUGAGCGAAUCGGCAUCGAGGGCAAUUACUUUCCCAUCACGACUAUGGCUUACAUCGAGGACAAUAGUCAUCGGUUAACAUUGUUGGUUAAUCAUUGUCAAGGUGCGGCCAGCUAUCAACCCGGCUGGCUGGAGGUCAUGCUGGACAGAAGAACUUUGUACGACGACUCCAGGGGAAUGGGCGAAGGUCUACUGGACAAUCGCAGGACCGUCAUCAAGCAUUGGCUGCUGCUUGAAGACAUAAGCGGUGUGAGGGACGCCUAUUCAAAGCCGUCACUUUACGCGAACCACUUGAGCAACGCGCUUAACUACCCGGUCAACAUCUUCGUGGUGGACGGCAACGAGCAAGAGGUCACCAUGGCGCCCGAGAUCCGGCUGUUGAGCCAGAGCUUCCCGUGCGACCUGCACCUGCUCAACCUGCGCACUAAUCACGACCAGAAGCUGCCGCAUUUCCCGGUCAACAGCGCUCUCAUGGUGCUGCACAGGCAAGGCUACAGCUGCUCCGUGGGCAUCGACACGGUGCUGAAGCAUUGUCCGCUCACCAGUCGACUGUCACCGGGUACCGCGUUCUACAAGCUCGACAACGUCAACGUCACGAAGACGUCGUUAACCGGCACGCGACCAGGCGCUCGACUCAAAGACGGUCUUCAGGAGGUCGGCCUGCAACCGAUGCAGGUCGAGACGUACAACGUGAACUUCGUGCUAUGAUUGUGAGCCCGUUGUUCGGCUGGCCUGCCUUGCCGCGUGUGAUGAACGAUUUACGGAAGCUUCGAGAGUGUGUGUCCGCCUUUUCCGAACGACACUGCCGAUACGAUCAUACUAAGUAUACUACCUCUUAGACUUUUCGCGAUAACCCGCGACCUGCUUGGUGGCGGCGGAGGACUCAGUGUGUUCAUGAACGCGCGCGGCAUUUCUCGUGGUAUAAAACGACGUAGAGGAUGAGAACAAGAGAGAAAGAGAGAGAAAGAGAGAGAGAGACAGAGGGCGAAAGGGAUACGUUAUAGUAAAUAUUGAAAUGGGUAAUAAUUAAUCUUCUCGGGACAAUUAAAGUAUGAAAUAAUUGACCCUUCCGACUGGGUCGAUUGAGACGAAUUCUUUCGUGCUAGAAAGAGCUUUACAAAUUUUUCAUCAAUGUUUAAUUACACAAUUGUACAUAGAGGAGGAGUUUUCCCAUCGGUCUCUCACGAUUCCGAGCAUGGUGGUGUAUCAUAUUGGCCUAGUGAUCGAUUCUAUGUGCACUUUAUUUCCCAUCCCGCUCCCCCUUGACACCUAGUUUCUAAGUAGAUUCUCUUCCACUAAACGCGCUUCUAAUUUUCAUAGACAAUACUGGAAGCGGGAGUUUUAUAACAGCAUGAGCAUUUGUAAAUUUUUGAGCUACAACUACGAGUUUGGCGAGUUCGCAUCGAACAAACAAAUUGACUCGGAAACUUUUCACGCUGAUUCCACUCCUGAUUUCCACGCUGAGUCGAGGAGUUAGUUUAUAGCCGAAUUUCACUCUGGACGGGGAUUUCGCGUCGCGUCGCGAUUACGUUCUGCGAGAAAGUUUUACGGAUCGACGGAGAGAGGACGGGUGUAAAUACUUGAACCGACACGGCGCAGUUGAUGACGACAAACAUUCAAUUUGCGUGCGCCAUAUUGUACAUAUUGCUCCUUGUAUUACAAUGUAUCCUUGUGUUUGAAUUUAUUACGACGAGAAUGAAAAGUGUUUUGACGAGAAAGCGAAUAGGGGAGAAACGGAAAGAGAAAGAGUAUGCACGUGAAUAUAUAGAUAUACUUACAAGAAAACAUACAUGGAAACAUGCUUCAGUGAUUUUUAUAGGCUUUGGAUUUGUGUACAAUAAGUUGUAAAAAUUAUAAAUGAUGUACAAAAAAUAAGAGACAUGUAUUUUUCUUUGGAUAUUUACACGUCUAGGGAUUGGAACAAUUGCUCGAAAAUGAAUAUGAUAAAUUGAUUUCGAGCGAAUAUCUUCGAAUCACUGUGAAGUGAUCACUGUGGAAUAAUACUUUUAGUGAACAUUUUAUGGUAUCCUGACGCUCUUCAGAAUUGCAUGUAAGUUUUUCAAAAAUAUAAACAUGUAUCUAAGUUCUCAACAUACUCUCGAGAGUUUCAUGUGAUACUUUUAAAAAAUUUAUAAACCUAUAAAACUUUUGUUUAUAUAGGCAUGCACAUGCAAAAAAGCACGUGUCUCUAAUUGGAGGUAGUCCAAAGCCCAUUAAAAUCGAUCAGUAAUUUUCCAUAUGUUUCCUUGUCAAUGAUUUAUCCCAAAUUUCGCGAAUCUGAUAACUAUGUAUAAUAUAAUUCUAUGUGUAUACAUGUAUGUAUUUACACAUAGAUAUAUAUACAUAUAUAUACAUAUAUGUAUAUAUAUGUUUUUGCUGAUCUGUACUUUAAUUAUUUCUUCCAUAAUGUAGUGCGUUUUCCACAAUUUCAAACGCAUUUUAUUUAUUUAUACGGUAGAUAUCAUGGAGACACAAAGAGAGAGAAAGAGAGAGAAAGAGAGAAAGAAAGAAAGAAAGAGAGAGAGAAAGACAAACGGACAGAUAACGACAGACAGCACUUUUUAUUACGCAUAUAAAAUAUAUAUGUAUAUAUUAUAUUGUACAUAUCAAAUCCUAACUCGCGAUCUAAAUAACCGACAUCGUAGAUAAUCCUUGUGAUAGCGAAGCGAUGUAAAGAAAAAAUCUUACACGUCUAUUUUCAUAUGUCAAAUAUUUUGCUAUAUCGCGGCCCUCUCUCUCUCUCUCUCUCUCUCUCUCUGUUUCUCUCUCUCUCCUUCUCUCUCUUUUUCUCUAUUUGCGAUAGAUAAAUCUUAACAGCGAGGUCCGCUUUUUUUAAACAAUCCGUAAUCGACGCAAGAGUUUAUGUAGAUCGUUUAAAGAGCGAGACCGAAUCUCUUUUCGUGAACGAGGGGAACACGAUCCGGAGAGAUUCUCUUUGUGUAUCGUAUGUAUGCGAUCGAUCUGAAAAUAUAACGAACAUGCGGCGACGAAUGGCGGGAAUGUCUCUCAAAGCUAACGCGGGAGUAGCGAGUCCCGACCGAACGAGGUGAACGAAGGUAAUUUGUACUGCGAACCACUUGUAAAUAAUAAAAUACUGCGAGGAAGA